CCCGGCUCCGCGCCCCGAGAGAUGGGCCGACCCUGACGACAUGUAGUGCUGCAGUGUGCCUCCAGGGAUACGUGCGGCCAUGGCAUCUGAGCUUUGUAAGACCAUCUCUGUGGCAAGGCAGGAAAAGCACAAGAAUUUGUUCCUGAAUUACAAGAAUCUACACCAUUUCCCGGUGGAAAUGCUCAAAGACGGAGGACUGCAGCACUUGGAGAGGCUUUAUAUGAAAAGGAACUCCCUGACCAGCUUGCCGGAAAACCUUGCUCAGAAGCUUCCAAACCUUGUGGAACUGUACCUUCACUCCAACAGCCUGGCUGUGAUUCCGGAAGCCAUUGGGUCCCUUGCAAAACUCCAGUGCCUGGAUCUUAGUGACAAUGCCUUGAAAGUUGUUUGCCCGGAAAUUGGUCGUCUGAGAUCACUACGUCAUCUGCGGUUAGCUAACAACCAGUUGCAGCUCCUCCCGCCAGAGAUUGGCGAUCUGAAGGAGCUGCAGACGCUGGAUGUCUCCGCCAACCGUCUGCUGACCUUGCCCGAGAGGCUGCACCUGUGCCUGGCUCUGCAGUACCUCACCGCUGACUGCAACCACCUCUGCCAUGUGCCGCGCCACCUCUGCCAGCUGCCCAGCCUCAACGAGCUCUCCAUGGCUGGAAACCGCCUUGCGUUUUUGCCACUUGAUUUAGGUCGCUCUCGAGAACUUCAGUACGUGUAUGUGGAUAACAACCGCUCCCUGAAAGGCUUGCCGUCGUACCUGUACAAUAAAGUCAUCGGGUGCAGUGGCUGCGGUGCCCCUCUCCACAUCCCCGAGGUGAAGCUUCUUUCUUUUUCCUCUGGGGAGCUGACCGUGUUCCUCCCUACCGAGGUGAAGGCCAUAGGGACUGCGAGUGACCGUGUCCUGCCGCUGCAGGAGCUGGCCAUGAGGAGGCUGCACCACACCUGCCACACUCUCCUGAAAGAUUUGAACUUUCUGUCUCCGAUCUCGUUACCCAAAAGCCUGCUGGAGCUGCUGCACUGCCCCCUCGGGCACUGUCACCGGUGCAGUGAGCCCAUGUUCACCAUCGUCUACCCCAAGCUCUUUCCCUUGAGAGAGACGCCCAUGGCUGGCCUGCACCAAGGGAGGACAGCUGUGAGCUUCGUGGCUUACUGCUGCUCCAGCCAGUGUCUGCAGACUUUCCACCUGCUGAGCUGACAAGCCCUGCGCAGCCACCGCGGCUCUGCCUGCUCCACACUGCGCUCUAUACUGCGGCCGCCUCAGCAGGGGCAGAAGACUGCAGGCAGGCCGGACCAGGCCCUCUCGCCCUGCUCUGUCCAGUGUGGGCACUGCAGAACUCUGUGGAACUGUUGUGAUGGG